AUCCGUGGGAACACGAGGGGCAGCCACGGGCUUCGCGGCUCCGCUCACGGUUGUCCGCGCACAGCGACGCUAGCCCGGCCGGCCGAUGAGUCCGCCCGUCGUUUUCCUGCCGGAGACACAGCGACGCGCUUAGUUCGAGGAGGCGGAGGUUCCCUGGUUUGUGGCCCCUGGUGUCUGAUCAUGGCCCAGCAGGCGACCCCUAGUUCCCAGAAGGCCCUGAUGAUGGAGCUGAAGUCCCUGCAGGAGCAGCCUGUGGAGGGUUUCCGCAUCACCCUGGUAGAGGAGUCUGACCUCUACAACUGGGAGGUGGCCAUCUUCGGGCCCCCCAAUACUCUGUAUGAAGGAGGCUACUUCAAGGCUCACAUCAAGUUCCCAGUCGACUACCCAUACUCCCCUCCUACAUUUCGCUUCCUCACCAAGAUGUGGCACCCAAACAUUUACGAGAACGGAGACGUGUGCAUCUCCAUCUUGCACCCGCCUGUCGACGACCCACAGAGCGGCGAGCUGCCGUCUGAGAGGUGGAACCCCACCCAGAACGUCAGGACGAUCCUGCUCAGUGUGAUCUCGCUGCUCAACGAGCCCAACACCUUCUCCCCGGCCAACGUAGACGCCUCGGUCAUGUUUCGCAAAUGGAGGGACAGCAAAGGCAAAGACAAGGAGUACGCGGAGAUUAUAAGGAAGCAGGUGUUGUCAACGGCCGCAGAGGCUGAGCGGGACGGCGUGAAGGUGCCGACCACGCUGGCGGAGUACUGCGUUCAGACCAGGGUCCCCUCUCAGGACAGCAGCUCCGACCUCCUCUACGACGACCUGUACGACGACGACAUGGAGGAGGAGGACGAGGAGGACGACGAGAGCGAGAUGGAGUCCGUGGGCGAGGCCGGGGGCAUCGGCUCGCUGGAGGACGGCGGGACGUCCACCAGGCGCUAUGACAACCAGGACGACUCUGGCAACGAAGACUCAUGAUGAUCUGGACGAGAAAUCCUCCCUGCCAAUUUAGCCCCACCGCCGUCUUUCAUCCCCACCCCCCCCCCCCCCU